AUGCCUUCAGGCUUGGAGGACGCACUGGAGCACAGUGGUGGCCAUGGGAAAACCGCUCAAGGUGUCUCAAUCUCAGUUUUCCUGGCCUCGCUGGCGACGGCCAUUAUUGUCUUCGUCAUCGAAUUUCUUCUCUUCCUCUUACUCAAAGGCAAAUUAACCCGCAUAUAUCAACCACGAACUUAUCUAGUACCAGACAGAGAACGCACGAACCCAUCCCCGCCAGGAUUGUUCAGUUGGAUUGGUCCUGUUUUCCGUACUUCCAGCUCCGAGUUGAUUCAAAAAUGCGGACUAGAUGCAUAUUUUUUUCUGCGUUAUCUACGCAUGCUCUUAAAAAUCUUUCUCCCUAUGGGCAUCGUGAUUCUGCCAGUCCUGCUCCCACUCAAUCAUGUGGGCGGAAAAGGCACCACAUACAAGACUGGUACAACGGGCGACCAAUGGAAUGUCACUGGUUUAGAUCAGUUGGCAUGGGGUAAUGUGAAACCCCAGCACACGAAUCGAUACUGGGCUCAUUUGGUAAUGGCUGUCAUUGCAAUUGUCUAUAUUUGUGUUGUGUUUUUCGACGAGCUUCGAGGUUAUAUCCGUAUGCGCCAGGCUUAUUUGACCUCUCCUCAGCAUCGACUCCGAGCAUCUGCCACCACCGUGCUAGUGACAUCUAUCCCACAGGACUGGCUCAACGUGGAUGCCCUGGACAGGCUUUUCGAUGUUUUCCCUGGAGGUGUGCGAAAUAUUUGGAUCAACCGAAACUUCGAUGAUCUCAAUGAGAAAGUGAAAGAGCGCAAUAAGCUGGCUCUCAAACUCGAAAGUGCAGAGACCAGUCUGAUUUCACAAUGCAAAAAAGCACAGCUCAAGAAAGCCAAGGCCGAGGCAAAAAAGGCAGGCAAAAGCAAAGCAGCCGCAGAGAAACAAGAAAGCUACGAGGCCAAAAAAAGAGCGUCCAACAUGGCUAUGGGCCCCGGUGUCAGCUCCGGUAACCCCCACGAAGCUCACACUGUCCGGGAAGCGCUUGACGGCCCAACUGAAGAUCCCCAAGCGAAGAAGUCGGAGAACGGAGCCCGUCGAGUGUUUGACCCCGCCUUUGCAGCUGCCGGGGCCGUUGGACUAGGCGUGGGUAAGCUAGGAAAAUCAGUACUUGGGGGUAUCAAAAGGGCCGAGCAUGGCCUUGACGGGACUUUGACUCAAACCAGGGGAUUUGUUGCAACUACAGAUGACAUUCUCCCAGCUCGUGGAAACACGCCAAACCACAAUCAUACUGCUUCUGGUCAAAGCCAUAUUGCAGAGCCUCGUCAAUCUACCGGGUUGCCGCGAACAGAUGAGCCAGGUUCAAGCGACACGAUGUGCCGCAAUGAAGUUCUACCGCCGAAACAGCCACCAUUCUGGAGGAGAAUGUCAUCUCAUCCGAAAUCGCAGGAGGCCUCGGAGCCUGAUGAAUAUCCACUGACCGCACCCGACACUCCUGCGACCGAUGGACCCCAUCAAGGCUCCGCCAAACCCGAGAAGGACAAGAAAAGCAGAGACAGUCACAAGAAGGGAGAAAAGGCAAAGGAGGAGGAAUAUCCCAUCGCCUACAACGAAAACUUCGAUAAAGAAGACUACGGAGAACCACUGUGGAAAGAGUAUAUCCGGCAGAAGGACCGAGACACCAUGCGUCUACCCAUCUUUGGUUGGAGCUGGAUGCCCUCGAUCUGGCUUCUAGGCAAAAAGGUCGACACUAUUGACCAUUGCCGGAAAGAAUUGGCUCGUUUAAAUUUAGAGAUCGAGAUCGACCAGCAACACCCUGAGCGGUUCCCUUUGAUGAACUCGGCUUUCAUUCAGUUCAAUCAUCAAGUCGCUGCCCAUAUGGCCUGUCAGGCUGUCAGCCACCACCUCCCGAAACAAAUGGCACCCCGAGUUGUGGAGAUUUCACCAGACGAUGUUAUUUGGGACAACAUGUCUAUCAAAUGGUGGGAGCGAUAUCUGCGUACCUUCGGCAUUAUUACACUAGUCUGUGCAAUGGUUGUUGGAUGGGCUUUCCCCGUUGCAUUUACUGGGCUCCUUUCACAACUUUCAUACCUUGAGGGCGCAUUCACGUGGCUGGCUUGGCUUGGCAAGUUACCAGACUGGUUCAUCUCAGCUGUUCAGGGUAUUCUCCCCGCGCUGUGUUUGGCUAUCCUGAUGGCACUUCUUCCCCUCAUCCUUCGCUUCCUGAGUCGCGCGCAAGGCAUUUUCACUGGCAUGUCCAUCGAACUCACUGUGCAAAAUUAUUACUUUGCCUUCUUGUUUGUGCAGCUGUUCUUGGUUGUGACCAUCGCCUCUAGUUUCUCUACAAUCAUUGAAAGCUUCACCGAUGUGACUAGCUGGCCGGAAUUGUUGGCUUCAAAUAUUCCUAAGUCCAGCAACUACUUCUUCUCUUACAUGAUUCUGCAAGCCAUGUCAGUGAGUGCAGGUGCUCUGGUACAAAUCUUUGGUCUCGUGAGCUGGUUCAUUUUGGCUCCAAUCUUGGAUUCUACUGCGAGGAAGAAGUGGGCUCGAACAACGAACCUCAAUCAGAUGCAAUGGGGCACCUUCUUCCCGGUUUAUACCACUCUGGCCUCUAUUGGUUUGAUCUAUUGUGUGGUUGCACCUCUUAUCUUGGUUUUCAACAUCAUCACUUUCAGCCUUUUCUGGUUUGUCUAUCGCUAUAACACGCUCUACGUCACCAAAUUCCGCUUUGACACUGGUGGUCUUCUAUUCCCUCGAGCUAUCAACCAGUUAUUUACUGGACUAUACAUCAUGGAGGUCUGCCUGAUCGGUUUGUUCUUUUUGGUUCGGGAUCAGGAUGAUAAUGUCGCCUGCAAGGGACAAGCCAUUUGUAUGAUUGUGGUCCUUGUCCUGACCGUCGGCUUCCAAAUCCUUUUGAACGAAGCAUUCAAUCCACUAAUUCGAUAUCUGCCCAUCACUCUGGAAGAAGAUGCUAUUCGGCGGGAUGGUGAAUUCCGACGUGCUCAGCACGCUCGCCUCGGGCUCGCUCUUGAAGACGACGACGAAGAUGAUGUUGAGCAUAGCUUGGCUGAAGCUGAACGCCGGGAGCGCCAGCAAGACCAAGAGCCACGGGAUAUCGAGCUCAAGGCUCUAGAGACCAAUGGAUUCAACCAGACCCGACACAAUUCGGAUCACCUGUCCACACCCAAACUUGAACACAAGCGGCCAUCAUGGGCCACCAACUCAUCGAAGCGGAAAUCCAAGUAUUUUGGUAUUAGUUCGCCAAGCUCAACGCCAACGAUUCGAUCCAUGCGCGAGAAGAUAGCCCAAGACACCGAGGCCCAAGGGCCAGCCCCCAACACAGUUGGUCAAGCCCUCUUUGCUGGUAUCAACGAUGAACUCGAGGAUCUCACGCCAGAUGAGCGUGACCAAUUAGUGCAACGUGCUUUCCAGCAUGAGGCUCUUCGCGCCAAGCAGCCCGUGGUUUGGAUCCCACGCGAUGAUUUGGGUGUAAGUGAUGACGAGGUUUACCGAACCCAACGAUUCAGCAAACAUAUCUGGAUUAGCAAUGAAUACCAGGCACUAGACGGCAAGUGUCGGACAAUAUUCAGUCGCAGUCCUCCAGAUUUCUCAGAGGUGGAUUUAAUUCAAUUGUGA